AGUACAAGUUACUCACAUUGCCUUAAAAUUUUUGUAUGUCGCGUUGUUCGGCUGUUGCUCGUGUAAAAUUUGUUAAAAUUACACAAACGCACACUCCGCAGCCGUAGAAACAAUUCUUGAUGUGAGUACAAAACAACACCAGAGCCAGCAACAAUGGGAGCCUGUGUAUGUCGCAUGAAUCCCGACAAUGAGACCAUGAGCGUCUCAUCAGCGAGCGCCUCUCGUCCGGCCAGCGCAGGCAUUCCAAUGGGAGGUGCAACGCGCAAAAAUCGCCCACUGUGCCAUGAGACAAUUAAAUGGCGCUCCGAUGUGCCAUUAACUGAAGGCCAAUUGCGUUCGAAGCGGGACGAGUUUUGGGACACGGCUCCCGCCUUUGAUGGCCGCAAGGAGAUUUGGGAUGCACUCAGAGCCGCCACAAAUGCAGCCGAGGGCCUUGAUUUCCAAAUGGCCCAAGCCAUUUUAGACGGCGCCAAUGUAUCCGUGCCUAAUGGGUACCUCACAGAGUGUUACGAUGAGCUCGGUACACAGUAUAAGGUGCCAAUUUAUUGUCUAUCAUAUCCCAUAAACAUUGUGAAAGAGGAGAACGGACGCGAUUCACCAGCUGAAUACUCAGAGCCUGUGGAUGGAGGCACCGAACUCAUUCUCAAGCUGCGCAUAUCAUCGACCAUGACUGAUGUUAAACUGCCGGUAUACUCAAAGGAUACAGUGGGACAGUGCAAGAAAAAGCUACAGGCCACGGAGGGUGUGGAUGCAUGUUGCCAACGUUGGUUCUACAGCGGCAAGCUGUUGGGGGACAAGGUUCCCAUUGAUGAGUGCAGCAUACACCAAGGAUACGUCGUACAGGUCAUUGUUAAUACGGAACAUUACAAUCACGACAACAGCACGAGUAUCGUUCACAUGUCACUUGGGAGCUAGCAACGCACCAACUUUAGUAAACUAGUCAGCAUAGGUAACAACAACAGCAACAAGUUAUAUCAACGGCAACAGCAGCAAUUGUCAAGUGGCAGCAGAAGCAUCAUUCUUAACAUCAAAUGCAGAUGCAACAAUUAUAACAAUAUUAACAACAAUGUCAUAUACUCAGGCAACAGCACAAGGAACUUUAUUGUAAAGCACAAAGAGCCGCAGCAACAACAAAUUCAACGACAGCAGCAGCAACAACAACAACAACAGCAGCAACAGCUAACGUAUUGCAUUUAUAAAAAUGAAAAAUUGCAACAAAACAAAAAAAAUAUUACUGCUGUCACUUGCACAAUGCUGAUUGUUGACAGACAUUUUGUAUUGUUUUUGUGGCUGCUCGCCCUGUUUGUUGCUGUGGUUAUUGUUGCAAUGCUUUUGUAAUAUACACAUAUACACAAUUCAGAGCAAAAAACAAAUUAAACGAGGAAUGCUUAUAAAUAUAAAUUUAUUUAUAUAUAAGAAUAUAUAUAUGUAUGUGUAUAUAUAUAUAGACAUAUAUAUGAAUAUAUAUUUUUUUGAUAAUAAUUUAACAGUCCUUAUAAAGCAUUAUUUAUAUAUAAGCAAACGCUGUAUUGAGGAAAGAGAAUAUUCAAAAUACGCGCAUGAAAUUCACAGUUGGAAGGAAGUCAAAUAAACAAAUGUACAUUAUUUCAUGGAAUCAAAAAGAAAAUACAGCAAAAACAAACAGAUCUAUAACAUCAAAAUAACAAGAAAUGCAUAAUAAUUACAAAACUGUUUAUUAACUAAUUAUAAGCGAAUCUUGCAAAAACAUUUGUAUGUGUUGUGUAAAAACAUGAACAAACAAAAACAAGCAAACAAAGAACUGUAGUAUUGGGUUGUAAAUGAACAGCAACAAGCAAAUUUUCAAAAAUACUACAUCAACUUUUGAUACAUGAGAGCAUAAAUAUAUAGGAAGAAUGCCAAGCACAAAUUGAAACUGAAUAACUUUUUGUAAUCAAAUGCAACAAGAAACUGAAACUGAAAUGGAAACGAAAUCGCAGAAAACCAAUACAAUUGUUAAACAUUUUUCUUGCUCAACGUAGUUAACAUAACAAUAGAAGGAUGUGAUGAUUGAAGGGAGAGAGAGGGAAACGUUAAUAUCGCAUAGAGUAAACCCAAGUACCUUAUAAAUGUAUAUGAUUUUGCUUAUAGUUUUAAAGCCAUAACAGAAAUACAAUGAAGUGCUUAUUUAUUUAAACAAAACAAUUUCAUUUUGUAUGACUUACAAAAAAAAAAAACAAAAA